AUGCGAGAAUUCGUUGGAUUGCUCUCAGUAGAAGGGGGAAAUAUUGGUUCCAACAGACCUACCUCGCCUUCCCAGCUGGGUGUUAGGGUCGUUUCCCCGGUCCGUUUACCGGCUCCGGCUUCUUUAGUUUUACCUGUGGAUGUACAAGCAAAAAAAGGUACUGCCCCUAUUCAGAAAAGACAGAUUUUACGUGUGGUGCUAUCGUCGGACAAGGAGACUGAAUCGAAUGAUGCGGGGCAUUGUCCUCGCAAGAUGCAUAAGACUGUGUCCAUAGCCAAGCUUCUUGGUGGUAUCGACAAUGUUCUUGGCGAUAGAUUUUCUAUGCCUGGCCAGAAAGAGAAAGAGGUGGUGCCUAGUUUUCAAUCACAUCGCCUUUGCCAUUUACCGGUUUACUCUCAAUUGAUCUCAGUUCCGGCUCCGUGUUUAGGGGUGUACUCGGCUCACCUGGAGGUUCUUCCCAACCGGAGAAGCCUACCACGGUUGACGAGGCCUAUGCUCAGGGGUAGGAGAUACUAG